AUGAAGAAAUUCAUGACAAAGUUCGGAAUUAGUAUUCUCCCGUCUACGUUCGCGAUCUUUUUGGGCUGUUUGCUCGUCGCGGCGCUUUCAGGAAGAUCGAGUGCGCUUAUCGAAAGAAAAGUCGGUGGCACGCCGAUGCAUAGCGUUCAAUUGACGCAAAAAGGCUACAUACAGUUUCUCAGAUGGGAAUUGCCGGUACCGGAAAUUCAUGAAUUUACAUUCUGCCUGUGGGUGAAGUCAAAUGAUUUCAAGCAUCCUCAUUCGAUCUUCUCGUACUCGAGGAACGAACAGGAACGUUUGAUUCGCUCUUGGAUAUCGUCGCGCGGAAAAAGCGUUCAUCUGGAAAUCAGCGGAGUGGAGGUAUUCCGAUGGCCGAGUCGCAUACGAGAGGGUCGUUGGUAUCACAUAUGUCAAAGUUGGGAGAACCGGGUCGGUCGUUACGCUUUAUGGCUCGACGGACGUUUGGAGUUGCAAGGUCGUUUCGAGGAGAUGAUUGAUUACGUGAUCCCGGGAAGCGGCGAUAUCGUCCUAGGUCAAGAGUACACGGAUUUCAACAAAGGGCUCGAGGAGGGCAUCGAAGGAUCCGUUUUGGGCUUCAAUCUCCUACUGGCCUCGGCGUUCAAUUCUCUCGACGAUGGCUAUCAAAGACCCUCAUUUCGACCGAUCAAUGGAGCCGACAAUCCGGCCGAGCUGCCGCUCGCCGCGGGAAUCCGCGCAAGACGCGAUUCGGAUCUCAGAGCGGCGCGUGCAUUCGACAGACUCGUUUCGAUAGGAUUCGCGCUCAAUCCUAAUUGGUCCAACAGAAUUUUUCGGGGCGAUGGCGCGAAAGCGGAAAUGAAGAGUUCUCCGGUGACUCAUUUGUUACCGUUACACGAGAUAAAUAUCGUGAAUGACACGCGGAAGGAAGAGACACCGCCAGCGAUUCGCAGACACACGAUUGCUCUCGGCGUUGACGAUUCGAGCGGAGAAAUCAAUCUGUUCGGAAAAUCGUCCAAGGCUCCGCUGGGUCUGCAAUUGGUGAAAUUGUCCUACGUCCACUGCCAGCUUGGCAGAGGAAGUCCGUCCAUAGGAGGUCCAUUGAUGUUGAUUUCCUGGAGCAGAACGCCUGUGAGGGUAUUCGGCGGUGCCAUCAUAAAGAAUGUCGGCAACAAGUGCGGUAAAUUCUAAAGAUGUCGAGAUGUUAUUCUUCUUUUUAGAAGAGUUCUCUUUAAUAGGAUUUUUAUUGAGAUUUUCAGUUAUGUUAUUCAAUGGGAAUUUCACUCAAAAGUUUAUUAUUAGGUUAGUACCAUUGUAGUGAGUCGAAAAUAGUCACUAAUAAACAAUCAACUCCACUUCAGACGAUCUAUAAUUCGAGACAAAAUUCGAGAAACACAUUCUAUUCAAAGUUUCACUGUACCGUGUAAUAAACCAAGUACACGUU